AUGGAACACUUAAAGCAAUAUCCAGACGAAUUCAUAAAACCGCUGCUAUUGAGUUUCGACAUCAUGAGUCGAUUCAACGUACACUUUUUCACUAAAAGUGCUACAUUUCUGAAAACAGAUUGGCACUUUUUCUACUUAAUACCGAUGGUAUUAAUCCACUACAUGGCCAUUAUAUUGUACACAAUACGGAUAUUUAAAGAGGGCACCACGGUUUCUGAACUUGCAUUCACUGUGCCUGUAUUUUUUAUUAUAAUUCAAGCAUUUUUUAAAGCAGCGAUCGUAAUACCAAAGAAAGAGCAUAUUGUCCAACUUAUAAACGGUCUCGGCAAGAAUUGGAGAAAUGUGAAUUUAAAUGAAAGACAGAUCAAGAAAAAAGACACCGAUUUGAAAAAAUUGAACUUGCUCCUCAAAGUUUUCUACUUGGGUAGUAUGACAGCAUCAUGGCAGAUAAUGCUGACGCCAGCGAUUCUGAGUCUCUUGAAAUUUUGCAUCGGUCAGGACUUACAGUACAUUCUGCCUUUCGGAUAUGUUUGUUUCUUUGAUCCUGUUCAGAAUGGGUUGAUUUAUAUUGGAAUGUAUGCAUUUCAAGUUUAUACAAUGCUAAAAGUCAUCUAUGUCUAUAUAGGCACAGAAAUCCUUAUGGUGACAUUCUGUGCUCUACUUAGCAUUGAAUUUGCGAUGUUACGGGAAGAUUUUUGUCACGUGGUACCAAAGCAGGGGAAAUAUUUUAGUUCUAAUGAAGAUAGAACACACUCGAUUGAAGAGUUGAUUCAAAAGCAUCAGAAACUACUCAAAUUAGCCAAAGAAUUGGAUUAUAUUUUCAACAGAGUGGUGUUUGUCGACCUAUUAUUUGUUACUGUUAUUAUGUGUUUCUUUGGAUUUGGUAUUACUGUGGCUCGUGGUAUAUUGGACGUGGUAAACAAUUUAAUAGCUGUUCUCGCGUUACUGCUUCCCACUCUCGUAUUUUCCUAUUAUGGCGAACAACAAAAGCAAGAGAGUGCAGGUAUAGCUGAUUCAAUUUAUAACAGCAAUUGGUAUUGUGGAAAUGCAAGUUAUCAGAAAAUUAUAUACUUCGUUAUUAAAAGAGCCCAAAAACCAUGUUGUUUGACAUCACUUAAACAUGCUCCUAUAACCCUUCAUACUUUCUCUAAGGUAGUAAGUACGACGUGGUCGUAUUUUUCGUUAAUUACCAGCGUUUAUGGCAAAGAUUAAGUUACUUUCAUACAUUAUGUAUGAAUAUUGUAGUGUAUUAUGAAAUGUAGUAAUGUAGAAA